AUGGAGAUGUGGCUCUCCAUGAAACGAGCCGUUAAUGCUGCCGAGCGUGUCCAGAAAAAAUUCGAUGAUAGCCGAGCCAAGAUCGCCGAGGUAGGGAAGCUAAUCCAAGACGCGGAUUGGCAUGCUGAGGAAAAUGCUGCGAAGAUUGCAGAGCUAUCGUCGAAGCUGGCCGAGGCCAAGAGGGCGGCAGUGGAUGCCGAAGAGGCGAGGGCGGCGGCGAAGGAGGCAAAGGAAGCUGUCCUUCGGUCUCGUGCGACGGAGCUAGAGGAGGCGAAGAGAAAAGCCAUAGACGAAUACCGGAGCAAUGCGAGGAUCUGA